AUGGAGAGAGACCAACUUCGCGAAGCCCUCGAGCGGCGCUCCGCGGCCAAGGCCGAGACCCGACCCAUCCUCACCCAGCUCAACGGCGAUAACUCGUGGCUCGUCUUCUAUCACGUUGUCCUCGACCCUUGGCUCGCCGGACCCACGACCUUGCUUGGUGCUUGGGUCAUCCACAUCGAUCGUCCCGAGCCGGCGGCAAUCUCGACGGCGGAGAAGAUCGAGGAAUUGAUCCGCGACAUUGAACGAAGCGCCGCCGGAAGCCUGGCGUCGGAUUCAACGCCCCUGCUUGAUGCGAUUAUGAUCGGGCACACGAAUUCGGACCAUUUGCACGAAAACACGCUCCGCAUGUUCGACCCCGCCACGCCGGUCAUCGCCUCAAAGAAAGCAAGUGCCAAGAUCCAAGCCUUUGGCCACUUUGAUGCCAUCCAUACACUGCACAUAUUCCCCGCCACGGCGACGAGCUGGAAUGUGCCCGAGUUACAUCCGGGCGGCCCCAUACCGCGGUGGUUUACCCCCUUGUACGUGGAGGGGCUCGCGGAGCUAAACUACAGCUUGGCCAUCACGUGGACGCAUGCUGCGCAGCCCGGGCCGGAGAGCCCCGUGGUACACGAGACCAUCCUGCAGUCACCCCACGGGAUCCAAUUGAGCGCCGGAUCUCUCAACGCAUUCCUGAGCGCGGAGCCCGCGAGGAAGCCGCUGGCGAUGCUGCACGCUCUCAAGGAGAGCUACACGCUGGGCUUUCAAAGCACGAGGGGCGUGCUGGGCGGGCUGGAACUGUGGCGCAAGACUGGGGGUGUGGGGUAUUGGCUGCCGACGCACGAGUCGAAGCUGAUUUACUCGGGGGUGAUGAUGCGGCUGCUGAUGGUGAAUGAUGUGUAUCGCUCGCUGGACUGGGCUCUGGAGGAGGAGGCGAAGGUUGCGGCGGAUGGAGAAAUACCAUCGAAAGAAAGGCCUAAUUUGGUCGAGGUCGCGAAUGGGCAGUCAAUUAUCCUAGAGUAA